GAUCAGAGCUAGUAGAAAAGUCAGACGAAGAGGAGUAAGGAACGAUGGUGGCCUGUCACUUAGAGCAGUAUUUAGUUCUCCUUCUCUUGCUGAUAGUAACAGCAACUUCCUCAGGCACCACAUUGAAAGACCAAAACUCUGAUAGCUUCUUUGUCGCUUUGCCUAGGAACAGGCACAAUUUUAUCAAUUUUGUUAGAUGCAAUCUUCACGUAGUGACAGAUGAAACAGAACCAGUCAAUGUGUCUAUUGAUGCUGGUGCUUACUUCCAAUCUAACUUUAUUCUGCCUCCUUUUGGCAAUCAAACUGUUCGCCUUCCUAGUACUCUAAUAGUUGUGGACAAUACUAAUCUGGAUAAAGCAAUUCAUGUCUUUACUAAUGAUGGCAAGAAGAUUAAGGUUUACUCCAGUAGUGUCACUCAACACGGGCAUUCAGGGGCUGCCUAUACUGCUAUACCAUUGCUCGACUACGAAAUUGAAGAAUACACUUAUUAUGUCAUUUCUACUUCAUCUUCAGCUAGUGCAGUAAGGAGUGAGACAUUACUUGUUACUGGUUUAUCAUCAGCCAAUAUCACCAUUACGCCAACUCAAGAUGUGAUGCUACCUCCUUUCAUUACUGGUCUACCUGAUGAUUUGGUUGUUCUGGCAAAUGAAAUGUAUGAGUUUAACAUGCCACCAUCUACUACUCUAUUGCUGAAUAGUGUCUCUGAUAUGUCAGGCACAAAGAUCACGUCCAAUGUCCCUAUUGCUGUAAUUUGCAGUCAUAUGUGUGCAGAGCCAUUUUAUGGCGAACAGUUAUGUGACCACUUCCUCUUUCAGUCGCAGCCUACAAUCGCUUGGGGUUCCACUUUCAUGUCACAACCAAUAUUUAGCAGUGGCUCAGUCUACAAGUUCAUCUCUUCAGAAGAUAAUGCGACGGUAGCAGUUACUUGCAGUGACAACAGUUCGCUGUCUGAUACAGUAGCUUAUUAUAAUAUGAGUGCAGGACAGUUAAAACAGAUUGUAGUAGCAUCUCAAAGUGGCUAUUGUACUUUUGUAUCAGAUAGUAAAAUACUUGUGGUACAGUUUGCCGGAGCAAGUGGCAUAUCAGGAUUAGGUGAUCCAUGCUCAGUUGCGUUGACUCCAAUAGAACAUUAUACUAAAGUGACUAACCCUCUGUCUCUCCCUUCAUUUCCAUACCUAAUGACAGAUGCCUCACCUUACACUACUAAUGCACUCAUAAUAGUCCAGUCCUCCUAUGAUGUAUCCAAUCUCACAGUCUCACUCAAUAACAGUGUUGUGUCCUCCCCCUGGGUCCCGGUGUUUGCUGGUCAAGUUAUCAUUGGGUAUAGUACAAAGCUUGUCAACAUAUCUGGAAGCAAUGAGAACAAGUUGUACUUUAAUAGAGAGGACUUGCCUCCAAUGUAUGUCAUUGUGAAUGGACUUGUGGUUACAAUAGGUUAUUGUUUCUCAUUAAACACUGGACUGGACGUGAUCACAGAGGUGUCACGUCCCAAGGCUAACUUCUCGUCAGGUUCGUACUUCAUGUCUGAGGAAACAUCAGAAACAUUAAUCUUAAAUCGUUACAACCAAUUGAAUGAAACUGUUGUUCUUCAAUUAAGACAAUGUGGAGGCAAUUCAUUGCCAGAGAACUUUGUACUCUCCGAGUCUAAUAUUGAGUUUACAGAGGGUGUCGCCCAAACUAAUGUCACACUAACUGUCAACAGUGAUGGAGAGCUCUCACAUCACAUACAGUGCUUCUGUCUUGAGUUAGUGCAACGAAAUGAACUUUUCUCCUAUUACAGACCUUAUGCUACCUCUAAUGUCUGUGUACAAGACAAUGAAGAUGUCAGUCUUGUUGCAUCAAAUGCCAUCAUUAACUCAACUCUAUUGAGACUGCGCCUCACUCUCUCAGGUUAUAAUGGAAACAUGGAUCAGACAGUGACUGUUAGGCCAAGACUAGAGUAUCUGUCUAACCAGUCAUCAGGAGGUUCAGCCCCAGUUCUACCUACUAUCAAUGUGUACAUUACUAAAUAUGUUUCAACCUAUACUUAUUCACUGAGGCUAUCAGAACCAUUGCUACUGGACUCAGUCCUGUAUAUUGAUUUAUACACUCAGUCUAAUAUUAGCAUCAACACCACCAGCAAAUAUGGACCACUUCUCAUCAUCCCGUCAGAUUCAUCGUCAGCCACACCCACCAGCACUGUACAGUUCCCUACAACAACGUUUACUGUAGCCACUCCUCCUUUAAUCGAGAGCUUAAAACAGAAUCCUGAAGUGUUUAUUUCAUUUCUGUCAAUCCUCGCCGUCCUUCUUCUAAUUAUAAUUAUCUUUCUAGUAUUACUUGUUCUAAUAUCUUGUCGUUUGUAUAAACAGUCAAAGACAGUUUCUUUCGUGACCAAAGAAAGGAAAGAACUUGAGGCCACCAAUACUUCGGCCACUGUACAAGGGUCUACCAUGCAACCAGUGGUAGAUAUCAACAGAGAAUCACUUUAUUCCACUGCCUCUGACAGUAUCGUUCACAACACUAUUAACACUACAGACUCACCUUCAAGACACUCUGUCUCACCUCCAGCCUGUCAUUCUUCCUGUGACAAAUUAGUUGAAAGUAAUGUAUAGCAUUUACCUCUUCGCUAACUUAAAGUAUCUCCCAAUCUUGUAUUAUAGAACCAAUUAUCCAUUCAGAUUUUAAUGACUGUUGAUUAUAAUAUUAAUUCUGUACAGUUUAAUAAUACAAUUAAAAUUAA